UAAAACGUUGGAUAGAAAAAUACGACUUGUAUGAAGAGAAAAGGAAGGUGUAUAUUUCGCGGAAAAUAUGGCCUAGCUGCACAUAAGAGCAGCUCUUGCAUUCGCGCGAGCGUGAUGUAGAAUCGCAUUUUCGAAAAUAGGAAAUUGAUCGGGACGGAGCAAAGUCCCGUCCGAUUCGUCGAAUUCGAAUUUCCAACCUUCGACAUUCAUUCCGAAACGCGCCACGAGGGAAAUAUAUCCACGCCUCCGCACGGAUUUGACACGAAGCGCCAACUACAGUACCGACACACAUCCCUGCGAAUGGCUGCUGCGUAGUUGAAGCGGCGCGGUCGGAUUACUCCGCGUGCAUGCGUGCGUCGCUCGUUUUUGCGAGGGAUCUUCGCGUGCGCACUCGAAACUCGCCCGUUUUCGCACCCAACACGCGCCCGUCGGCCUGUCUUCUCCAGUUUCGUCCCGUCUCGUCGAUUCGCCGGUGAGCUUCUCGAGGCCGCGUUCUCCAGCGCACGAACGGCGGCGGCGUCACGUCGUUUUUUGACCGUACGUUUUCGCGACGGCGCAAGGAUCGCGCCGUCCAAUGAGAAGCGCGGCCUAGGCUGACAAGUAUCAAGCAGCAGACGGAGGUGGAGAUGGGCAGGGAGCUCGUACGCAUACGUCGCGUCGUCGCGGUGGAGGUGGAAUUGUGUUGCUCGCCCGAAGGGGUCAGGCCCGCUUUUGCGUUACGUCGCAACAUUCGCGCGCGCCAGUCACGUCGCGAGUGAGGGACGAAAGUCGCGAGAUGUGAGGAGGAGGACGUCGUGCCGCAUGCGUUUUUCUCCUUCCGACCGUGCACGGAGCCUGUCGCCGUGUGAAUACAACUCGCAACAACGUGGAGCUCGUGGAAGAUGCUGGGAGACGAUCCACCGUACCUAUCGGUGGGCACAGAAGUAAGCGCUAAAUACAAGGGUGCCUUCUGCGAAGCUAAAAUCCGUAAGGUGGUGCGAUCGGUAAAGUGUCGUGUGACAUAUAAACAAGGUUUGGGCACUGCUACGGUCGCCGACGACCAAAUAAAAGGGACUUUAAGAGUAGGUGCCUCUGUUGAAGCUAGGCAUGGAGAUCGGAAAGAAUUUGUGGAGGCGACUAUUACCAAAAUCCAAGACUGCAGUCAGUAUACUGUAGUCUUCGACGAUGGCGAUAUCACGACGUUGAGGCGAACCGCGCUGUGUCUCAAAAGUGGACGACACUUCGCCGAGAGCGAAACGUUGGACCAGUUACCGCUCACCCAUCCUGAACACUUUAGCACCCCUGUGAUCGGGGGUAGAAGGGGUAGACGUUCAAGGCAAGCGCAGGACGAGAGCAGCGAAGAUGAGGACAGUCCGCCGAGGAACGCCCGCGACUCCGGCUUCAUCGGAGGCGCGAAGGAGGGAAUGGAAACGGAGCCGGAGAUCGGCAGAGUGGUCUGCGUGGAGCUCGGUGACAAGAAGAAGAAGGACAAUUGGUUCCCGGGGCUAGUGGUCGCGCCCACCGCCCAGGACACUGUGAGGAUACGCGUGAGGGACGAUUACUUGGUGCGCUCGUUCAAGGACGCGAGAUAUUACACGGUACCGAAGAAGGAGGCCACAGAAUUCACGAAGGAACUGGUCAACAAAGUGGAGAACAGCACGUUGAAGGUCGCAGUCGAGAAGGCGCUUCUAUUUUUGGAGAAAAAUGAAUUGCCGCCUCAUUGGGACAGGGAUUCCUUGUUCGGCCAUUCUGUUUCUAGCGGGAAUAGCGAUUCCGACGGCGAGCUCGACUCCGAUAGCUCGGACGAUGAGCCGCGCGAGGAAAAAGAUCAUUUCGUGGCGCAGUUGUACAAAUUUAUGGACGACCGUGGUACGCCUAUAAACAACUGUCCGAUGAUUGGUUCGGAAGAUAUCGAUCUGUACAGGCUGUUUCGAGCGGUUUACAAGCUGGGCGGUUACAAUCGCGUCACGAAUCAGAAUCAAUGGAAGGCCAUAACGCGGCGGCUCGGCUUCGCGAUGCAGAACUCGCCUUCCACGCAUAAUCUCGUGAAGCAGGCGUACAAGAAAUUCCUGCACUCCUUCGAGGACUUCUAUCGGAAGUUGGGCUGUACCAUGGUGAAUCAUCCGCGCGGCAGCACGCGUAAACAACGACCCGGAAGGAGCUUGAUUCGCGACAAGGACAGAAACACACCGAUACCGCCGCCGGUGCCGCCGGUGAAGAACGACAAAGAGGAAGACGAGAAGAAGGCUGCGGAGGACGAGAAGAAGGAGAAGAAAGAAGUGAAGAAGGAUCAGGUGAAGGAGGAGGAGAUCGUCAAGAUAAAGAAGAAGGAAGAGGCGGAGGGCAGCGGCAGCGGCCAAGAGAGCGAUGUGAACGUAGAGGCUGAGACCGAGUCGUCGUCGUCGAGUGCUGGGGAGAAGCCGCCGAAGGUGGCCGCGCCGGUGGUCCCAGCGUUACCCCCCAGCACGAACGCGUCGUCCAGCCGAGCCAAGCCGAAGAGCAGCAAAGAGGAGACGAAGAAGAAGACGGUCGAGAAGAAGAAGACCGAGAGCAAGAAGCAGGAGAAGAAGGAUGAAAAGCCGAAGGAAGAGGAAGCCACCAAGACGACGAGGUCGAAGGCGAAGGACGACACCGUGAAGAACAAGAGCGCCACCGAAGGCAGGGAGACCCGAACUCCGUCCAGGGAAGCCGAGAAGAAAACGUUAUCCAAGCAGCGACGUUUGACCGACGAGGAGCUGAAGAAACGCGGGAGGAAGCGGAAAGAGUACGAAACGGAGAAGUCGCGUGCGGACGAGCAACUCACGGAGACCACCGCACCCAGCUACAAGGGCCCCGUCGACUUCGGCGAUCGACUGAAGGUCUACUACGGGCCGACGCACGAGUCCAAAGUCACGUACGAGGCGAAGGUGAUCGACAUAGAGAAGGACGGCGCGGAGCCGAUGUAUCUCGUGCAUUACACCGGCUGGAACACCAGAUACGACGAAUGGAUCAAGGCGUCCAGAAUCGCGCAGAACUUCACGCAGACUCAAGGUAGGGUGAAGCGUACCAAGACACCCCGGCCGCAGACUCCCAGCGCGAAUCUGCCGGCGAACAAUAAAUCAGCAAAGGGCACUUGCAGCUCGACGACCAACGUGUCUCAGAGUCGUCGCCGGGCUCAGAGCGUCGCCCCUCCCACGUCCACCAGCGCCGCCGUGUCCGUCACGUCCGCGAAGGAGGUAAAAAAGGACGAGAAGGACAAGGAGGCGACACCGCAACCGAUCCGAGCCAGCACGCCGUUGUCCAUCGCCAGUUCCAGUUCCAGAACCAAGAGCCCCGCCACACCGGCGAACAACCGGCAGACCAGGACGAGCAGGAACACCGAGCUGUCGGGCACCAUUGAGCAUCGCAGGCGCACCAGACGAAUGUCGGGCCACACAGACAUAUCCGUAGUGUCGGAGAGCGAAGGUAGCGACGGCUACGAUUCCGACACCACCGAACCCGAGCAGGCCAAGACCAGGUUGAGAGGCGCGGAGGAAAGAAAGCGGAAGGAGGCGCGGAACAGGGUGGAGGAGAGGAUAAAGGUGGAGGAUGCCAGCGACGCCGAGGACGAGAAGGACAAUCUCGAGGAGCCGCGUAAGGGCAGACGUCUGAGGAGGACACCCGGCAAGAUUCAGGGCAUCAAGUCCGAGCCCGACAGCGACGAGGAGCAACCCAAGGGCCGCGACUUCGACCUCAACCAGAUACGAUCGGAGCUGAAAGGUUUCGACAAAGCGGUGAAGAUGGAGCUGGUCAGGAUGGAGCCGGACGAUGAGAUGAAGAUGGACGAGAAGGAGAACGUCGCGACGAUCGCCACUCGAGUGUCGCCCAAGUUGGAGAAGCUCGUCGAGACCCCGAAGGUGGAAGUUGUCGAGACGAAAGUCGAAAGCACGGAAGACAUUUACGAGUUCAAGGAGCCGGAGCCGUUCGAGUUCGAGGUGAGGAACAAGAGAGACACCAGCGGCGAGAAGGACAAGCUGAAGAAGAAGAUGUUCGAGGACGAGCCCAAGAGCCCGAAGAAGAAGCAGAAAAUCGCGCCGAUGUCCACGACGCCAGCCAGGGAGGCGAAGAAUAAUGACUCGACGGACGGCGACGGUCGGGCGAAGAAGCCGAGGAAGUUGUUCAGCAACAAGAGAUCGGACGAAGCAGCGAGCGAAGCGCCGCCGGUGGUCACGGUGGUUCCCCAGUCGCUCAGCAAGUCGUCGGCUCAGCCGGCGCCGCCGUCCGUGUACGAGGACGCGUUCGACAAGCUGUGCGAGUCCCCGUCGUUCAAUCAACAACUGAAGCCGGCGGCGAUCGUGGAGGAACCGCCUAAGGUCGCGUCCAGCGGCUUGAACCUCCUGUUCAGCGACCUGCCGGCGGCGGACGACGAAGGUACGCGCGACGACUCGGAGGACCGUCUGAUCAUAUCGGAAACCGAGGUAUCGGAGGUGGAACAGGACAACUCCUUCUCGUAUCAGCAGGAGGUCCAGUUUCACGGCGCCGAGCUGCCGGACGCGACGGACUCGGGCAACAAGAGCGAACCGACCGUCGCCGCCGCGGUUGAGUGCGCGAGGGAGGAGACGAUGACGGGCGCCGGCAGUAGCGCCAACAAGUCGAUCGGCAACAAUUCCCUGGAUCAGAAGCAGAACGUCGUCAAGUUGCCCGCGCAGUCGGAGCUGAGGCUUCUGGACACGAAACUGCUCGAUCUCGCUCCGGUCGCUCCGUUGCCGAUCGUGACGCCUCCGGCGCCGAUAAGCGCGAGGUUGCCGGCGACCUCCACGAUCGAGGAGAAGCUCUCGGCGGCCGCGAUGGCGUUUCGCAACAAGGCCAAAGAUAACAAGAGAGACAGCAAGGCGACCCUGGACGAGGAUGUCACGGCCGACGUGACGACGCGCAAACUGUUGAAGCUGGACAUUACGAUUCUUCAGAGAACCAAGGACGACGAGAUGGACGAACAGGAGAAGAAGCAGGAGGAGGCCGCGAUGAUGAGCGAAGAAGAGCAGCGCAGGGAGAUCAUGCGCGUCGCGAUCAAGCAGAAGGAGGAGGAGCUGCAGCAGCUCAAGCUGAAGAAGGAGGCGGAAUUGAAGAAGUUCGCGGAGGCGAAGACCAUCGUCGCCGCCGAGCACAAGACGAAGUUGCAGGAAGUCGGCAGGGAGGACGGUUGGAAGAGCGCGGAGAACGAGCAAGGCAAGCGACCCGAGGAGGAGAUGCUCGAGCAGACGGAGAAAGAGAGAAUCGAUACCCGCAAGAAGCCGGUGAACCCGGACAUCCUCGAUUCGACGGACAGCAGCGAUUCGGAACAGAGGCUGGUGAUCGACAACGAGGAGCCGCAGGACGUGAAGAUGUCGGUCUCGUCCAACUUCGACGUCAAGCUGCGAGCGGAACUCGAUCGUCUGCAGGACACGCAAGAGAGAUACGCGAGGACGCAGAAGACCUCGAACGUUCAACAUCAGCUGCAACAACAACAGCAAGAAUGCAUGGAGGUCAAAGCGUCGUCCGACGUAGUGUCAUCCGUCUCGAAGACCGACGAAGAGGGUGAGACGAUGAAUUCCCUGCUGUGCGAAGAAGAGAUACCCGGCUCACCGGCUCCGCCGGGCUCCGAGAGCAUCGAGCAGGCGAGUGCCGAUCCCGCGUGCAACUCGCCGAAGAACGAGGUCACCGAGAGCAGCAUAGUGCUGAUGGAGAUGCCGUUCGCGAGUGCGCCCACUUCUGGCCAGAGCACCACGUGCAGCAGCAGCACCGUCGCCACUCUCAGCAUGUCGUUACCGAAAACCGUCGAGACUUCCGUGCCGGUUUCCUUGCCGAUGCAGCAGAACGCACCGUUGAACGUACGACAGCAGCAGCAUCAGCAGCAGCACCAACAACAGCUCCAGCAGCAACUACAGCACCACCACCACCACCAGCAGCAGCAGCAACAUCAGCAGCACAUGCCAGCGGUGUUACUGCCGCCGCAACGGCGGGAGAGCAACGAGGCCGCACCGGUGAUGGACAAUACGCCGCCGACCACCCCCGAUUCGAGCAUCUCCAACAUCACCGGCUCGCCGAGGGAGGAGAGGACCGGCGGCUCGUCGCCAACCUCCGAAGACAACAUCAAGCUGAACCGCGACAGCUCAGAGGCGGACAACGACAGCGCCGGCAAAGGGCCGGGCUUCAGCGAGGACGACACGCUGCCGAUCUCGGAGAGCAAUUCCGUCGAUAGAACGCCCAAGCCGCCGGCUAAGCGUUCGAUCUGCGACGAAAUGCAUUCGUCACCCAAGAAACGCAAGAGGAGCCGAAAGCACUCGGAGUGCGGUAGCGUGGUGGCGCCGAAGAAACCCGCCGGCAGGCAGAGUAGCAGCAGACACGGCAGAUACGUCGCGGGCAGUGAUAGUGACGAUACCAGUGAGGGGUCGAAUCUGUGCACCGUCAACACCGCGCCGACCGCGCACGCCAAUCUCGCCAGCGUCACCGAUCUGGCCGCUACCUAUUCGUCGAGGUCACCGAGGCCGACCAAGUAUAACUUCUACGUGGAACUGGAUCCUGAAUUAGACGCCAGUCAGAGGAUAGCAGUGUUACAACAGAAGUUAACCGAGUUGCGGAAGACGUAUAACGCUGUGAAAGUUGAACUUGCCACGAUAGAGCGGCGUCGGAAAAAAUUACGAAGACGGGAACGAGAAGCGGUCAAAGCAGCUAAGGCAGAGAUGCAACAAGCUUGCUCGUGAUAAACAGUCCUGAAAGAUCAGAAAUGUUCUUUCCUCGAGCACUAAGUGAGACUCUUUGGGAUGUUUGAGAUAACUGGAAUAUCAAAGUAGCGUCACGUAACGCACGGGCAUCAUGCAAUCACGGCGAAUUUCAUGACAAUUUUUACCUAUGUAACAUCGCUUCGUAGGUAAUAUCUGCCCCUCCACACACUUCCUCCAUUAAUAUUACAAUUGUAGAUAUAGUAGUAAGAUUUAGCGUAAGGGGAGAUACGUUUAUCAAGAUGAGAGAAAGAGAAAGAGCGUGAGAGAAUAAAAGAGACGUAUAUAUACAUAUAUAUAUAUAUGUGUAAUUUAUU